CCUCGACGCCGGUGCCGUCGUGCCAUCGGCGACGCUCCUCCACACGUUUCAUCGGCACCGCAAGGCGGUGCGAGCCAUUCACGUGAGCGGUCCGAGCCCGCUCGGGUACCUCGUCGCUUGUGUGGGCGACGACCAUGCGGUGAGCGUCUACACGGUGCGUAUGGACACGACCGCACUCGACGUGGGUUUUUUCAUGGACUGCGUCGGGCAAGGCGGCUGCGUCGUUGACGUUCGUUGGGACUUUCGCACGCAGCACGUGCUUCUCGAGUGCGAUGACGCGCUCUUGUACAUUUGGAGUCUCCGCACGGGGGUCCUCGAGCGCAUUGUGCCAGCGGCCAUGGUGCCUGCGUCAACGCUCCCAGAGGAGACGCGCGAUCCCGUCACGAUCGCGUCCCCGCUGUCCGCACCGAUGGUCCACGUCAUGACGUUUGAGCUACGGACGACGGUCGAGCGACUGCAGCGACUCUGGGCGUCACCAUCUGCUUCGUCGACGGGGACGGCUCUGGACGCGACAUUCUUGUCGUUUGCGCUCUCGUGGGGACUCGACGCCCGCAUUGACGCCCUCGUGGAGCGCUGCCUCUAUGUGCAUGCACCGUCACUGGCCUACUCGAUGGCAAUCACAGGCGCGGCGAAAGCGCUGACGGUGCCGCUGCCGAGCUCUUCAGCGCCGCACACGACCAAGUGGCAGCAUUCAUCUUUUGUCUCGGCCGAGAUCGCCCUGGCGUUGGUGACGAUGUGUACGAGCUUUAUGGACGAGAAGCGAAAAGACGAUGAACUGUCGGAGCAGUUGCAAGUGCUCUGGAGCCAGCUCAUCACGCAGCACAUGGUCUGCCUCCCCGAGCAGGUGGAUGCGUACGUCGAGCCGUCGCUGGACGUGCUUGCCUCGUACGGCUUUCACGAGUGGGAAGCACUGCAGAUGGCGUCGCGGCUUCUUUUGCACGGCGUUAUCAAGCGACUGCCACCGACGACGCGCAGUACGACCGCGGCCGAGUACAUGACACGGUACCACUGCGAAGUCCAGCAGCUCGAGAAGGACCUUGGGGGUCUCAAGCAAGUACCAGCACCCCGCAUCGUAUCGCGACUCGGAUCGAUGCUCGUGCUGCUCAGCGUCAUGGGCACGUGCUUUCCCGGCGAACUCUCGCCCGCGAGCGCGCGCCAAGUGUGCGACGUUCUUGUGUCGCUGCUCCAAGGCCCACCGGCGACCGCCUGCGUCGCGGCCGAGCUCCUCGCCAAGGGCCUCCUCCUCUUCCGCCCACACCUUGUCGACCUCGCCCAGCUCGUGGUGCAGCUCAUUCCGUUGACGCUGGACCCCUCCGACGACGAUCGGAAGCGGCUCAAGCAGGCCGCGAUGCGUCUCCUCGUCGAGCUCGGGACGUGCGAGGCCGCCUCCGUCUUGGUUGUGCUCCAACAAGAGAUGAGCACAAGCGAUCGAAGCUAUGCGUACCGCGAAGGCGUCCUCGUCUACCUUAUGACGUGGGUGAAUCUCCAGUACCUCCUCAUGGCGCGCCACCUCCCCGCGGUCAUCGAGACCAUCUUGUGCUGCCUUGACCCGACAAAACCCGACCGCCGAAAGAAGUGUCUGGCCAUGAGCACCAAGUGUCUCCACGACCUCGUCAAGCGAUUUCCAAUGGUCGACUUUCACAAGACAACGCAGCGACUCGCCAUCGGCACCAUGGAAGGCGUCGUGUUGCUCUACGAUCUCCGCACGGCGACCAAGUGGCGUGUGCUAGACGGCCACACGACCGCGCUCUCGGCGGUGCUCUUCCGCAAGGACGGCGCCAUGCUGGUGUCGUAUGCGGCGAGGGAGGCGAGUGUGCGCUGGUGGAACGUGACGGCCGGCGGGCUUCUCUCGCUCCUCAAAGUGCAGCAGUCGUGCGUUCGCCAACUGCAGCUGGCGCCGCUCACGCAGCACCUCCAGCGACCCGCCGAAUUGCACAAGGUGAUUCAGAGCUGCCGCUUCCGCUUGGCGCCCGACGACAUCAACGUCUGGCUCACGCGCGAAGACGAGUCGCUCCUGCCACUCAAUUUCCACAUUUAA